ACUUCCGCUCCUUUCUUUGCGCCAUUUUGGAUGGGGGCACUUUCUCGGCUGGAUGUGUAUUGUCUGUCAGGAGAAGAAUGGGGCAAAAGAGCUUCUCGCUAUUAACAUAUACACGCAUUCCCGAGCUUUAGAGACAGGAUGAGAGCUUUCCUUUUUGGGUUCUUCAACAUGUGUUCGCCCUCGCCAAGCUUUCAUUCGUCACAUGAGACUCGGAGCGUGUGUGUUCCUGUUUGCUGAGCAAAGGAAGGAGGGAGACCAACGGCGGAGUGACUGACUGCCUCUACGCUCUCCUACUUCGGAACAUCAACUCACCUGUACGGAUAUCGCCGAACGAGCGGGGGGAAUAGUGGAAGUGUCGGUCCAUCGCUUCGGCCGUCGCCGCCGGGGUGACGCUCUCCUCUCUAAACGCCAAGCGCGGAUGUAAGAGCAGUAACCCAGGCAGCUGUUAGAAACAAAGUCACUGACUCCAAAAAGCCUCAGUGCAAGGAGUUCGCUGUCUCUAAACCAUCUCACCUGGAUGAAUGGACCAUUUGGAACAUAUCGACAAUCGAGCCAAUUUCAGCAUACUUUUUCGUGCCACCAGAAUGUUCCAGCUCCCUGUCAACAACCUGGGCAGUCUGCGCAAAGCUCGGAAAAAUGUCAAGAAGGCCCUGGGAGACAUUGGCUUGGAGUACUGCAGAGAUCACUUAGAGGACUUUAAAGCUUAUACACCUCCAGAGGUGUAUAUAAAGCACACUUCUUGGGAAGAUGUGUGCAUGUGGGAGCCAUCGCAUACCAAAGUCCAAGACUACAGAUCCAAACCUUUCUGCUGCUCCGGCUGUCUCUUCUCAUCCAAAUACUUCUCAGCAUACAAGAGCCACUUCCGCAAUGUCCACAGCGAAGACUUUGAGAACAACAUCCUGCUUAACUGCCCCUACUGCACGUACAACGGGAACAAAAAGAGCCUGGAGACGCACAUCAGACUUUUCCACAUGCCCAGCAACACCGUGCGCCAGGGUCCUGUUGCCAUGGUGGGUGGUGCCAGUGGUCUCAUGAUGAAGGACAGUCUCCUAAAGAGGCCGGGGGACAGCGUCGAACAGGCCGUGUACUACUGUAAGAAGUGCACCUACCGGGACCCUUUGUACAAUGUAGUGCGGAAGCACAUCUACAGGGAACACUUCCAGCAGGUGGCUCAGCCUUACAUUGCAAAACCAGGAGAGAAGACAAACACUCCAAAUGGUGGUCCCAUCGCAAAGCGGGAGGGCAACAAUGCAAACAGCACCACAAGUCAUCAGAUCCAUUGCAAGAAGUGUCUGUUUGUCCCAAGGACCUAUGAGGCACUUGUUCAACAUGUCAUCGAGGACCACGAGAGGAUUGGCUACCAAGUGACUGCCAUGAUUGGCCACACCAGCGUAAUUGUCCCCCGGCCUAAACCCAUCCUACUGAUGCCCCCGAAAACUCAUGGCGACAAGACCAUCAUCGGGAUGGGUCCGAAAGGGGUGGUCAUGGCCACCACCAGGCCUUCGGUUUCGCAGCAGAUGGCUCGAGUUGCCACCACAUCAAAGCCAAGCUUCGCUUCUCAGACUCUCCUCCCUGGGAUUAAACAUGAGUCACCGGGUUUAAAGUCAGGGACCAACCAGCCCUUCUCUUUUGCAGGCCAACAGAUGAAGGGCACCCUAUCAGGGAACGCCCAGGUUACUCCACAGCUGCACUCAGCAAAACAUCACUUUACUGGAGGCAGCCUGCGGAGCCCGGUGGUGGUCAGCGCUGCAUCCUGCCUCAAGUCAAACCCCCUCGGCUCUCGGGUCCAGGCGGCAGCCACCACCUUUGCAUCAGUCACAUCCAAGAAAAGCGGCUCCUCGGUCCUGAACACGUCCUACACCCAGAAGUGGAAAAUCUGCACCAUUUGCAACGAGCUCUUCCCAGAAAACGUCUACAGUUCUCACUUUGAGAAAGAACAUAAAGCCGAGAAGGUGCCCGCCGUGGCCAACUACAUAAUGAAGAUUCACAACUUCACCAGCAAGUGUCUCUACUGCAACCGCUAUCUUCCCAGCGACACCUUGUUAAACCACAUGCUCAUACACGGCCUGUCGUGCCCACACUGCCGCGCCACCUUCAAUGACGUAGAGAAGAUGGUGGCUCACAUGCGUCUGUCUCACCCUGACGAGCCAGUGGGGCCUCGCACUGACUCCCCCCUGACUUUCGACCUCACCCUGCAGCAGGGCAACCCAAAGAACAUUCAGUUGAUUGUGACUACCUACAACAUGAAAGAUGCCCCAGAGGAGUCUGUGGCCUUUCAUUCCCAAAACAACACCCCCGUGUCGCCCUCCCUGUCCGCCACGCUGCUGUCGGCCAAGAGGUUAUUGUCUCAGCACCCGCCUAAACCACUCUCGACGGCACCUGAGAGUGCGCCUGUCAAGAAUGUCCCACAAACGUCUGUACCAUACAAAAGGGACGUGGGGAAGACUCUGUGUCCGCUUUGUUUUUCUAUCCUCAAGGGUCCAAUCUCGGACUCGCUCGCCCACCACUUGAGAGACAAGCACCAAGUUAUUCAGACAGUCCACCCGGUAGAGAAGAAACUGACUUACAAGUGUAUUCACUGUCUGGGUGUGUACACCAGUAACAUGACCGCCUCCACCAUCACCCUACACUUGGUGCACUGUCGAGGCGUAGGCAAGUCCCACAACGGCCAGGAUAAAUCUGCUCACACCUCCCGAAUCAGUCAGGGGCAGGGGGGCCCCAUGAAACGGACCGCCUUAGAUAGCGCCGAUACUAGUGCGCCAAAGAGGAAGAGGCGGGGACCUCCUGGGGAGAGAGCACACCCGAGAGAUAUAAAUGGUCCAUUUGAAGAAAACCCAGAUGAGCCUGUUGCCCUUGUGCUAGACCCCAAAGGACUUGAAAAUGAGUCGUAUGAAUCUAGGAAGGCGUUUCUCACUCACUACUUCAAUCGAGCACCAUAUGCCACGCAGCGAGAAGUGGAGAAGCUGGCGGCCGGUCUGUGGCUGUGGAAGUCCGACAUCUCCAGCCACUUUGUCAACACACGCAGGAAAUGCACACAGGAAUGUGAAAGCCACAACCCCAGCGUCCUACUUGGAUUUAGUAUGCAUGAGGUCUGCAAAGUGAGCCAUGGCCUGGCGUUGGACAGGGAUGGUGGCGCGUGCCAGAGCCAACCGGGCCGAAGGCGCACUUCUAGAGCAUGCUUAGGCCUGUCAGAACAAGCUCGCCAGAGGCGCAAGGAAUCCAUCGCUGCAAAUAGCGGCAUCAGGAUCUUCAAGGGUUUUAAACCCAACCUGAACACUACCAGAGACCCAACCGAGACAAUCAACAGCACCCCACUUCAGAAAACACCCGUAGACCCUUCCGAGCCCAUCGCCAUUGACUCCGACAGCGAAGAGGAAGUCCAGCGGGAGUCAUCUCGAGUGCUGCGUCAACCUUCAGGAUCUGAGGGAAGAACAUUACUCAAGGAGGGCGUCAAGGUCACAUCGGGCCUACAAGACGUGUUUGAGGACGACGACGAGGAUGAUGAUGAUGAUGACGACGACGAUGAUGAGGAUGAAGGGGUGCAUCUGGAGAAUGGCUUCGGGCCCACAGAGGUGGCCAAAGCAAGGGAUGCACUGCCCAUCAUUAUUCCCAAAUUCGUUCCCUCGUCUGCCAGGCGGGGUGGCGAUGGUGCACAGCUGGGUAAGCAGCAGGUCUGACUACUUGCAUGACGUUGGACAAUUUUUUCAGACCUGCAGCCCCACACCAACAAAUCUGCCUCACCUAGACCCAAGGAACACACGAAGUAACUCCAAACAAGCCAUCCAAUGACAUUUCAAUUGACUUGAGGGCACUGGACAGUGUGGAAGGUUCAGAGUACACCGUGAGGUUUUAGCAAACUAGGAGAAGUAUUUUGGCUUACACCAAACAAAAGGCAUUAGUGUCUAUCUAGCCACUGGAUUUGUAAACAUGACCAGAUAAUCCAACUUUUUUUUU